AUGUCAUCAAUAAACACAAAUACGAAUCCCAAGUUUAAUUUUAACACUGACUGCUUAAAACUUACUCCCGAAAAAUUAGUAGAGUGGAGUAACAAAACAAAACAAACAACUGAUAACGAUUCUUCUUUAUUACAACCUUUUAAAAACAAAAUAUUAACCAAUGAACCACGACACUUGUCCAUAAAAAAAGAUCAUAAAACACCCCAAGAUUCAAAAAUCGAUUCUGAUAGCGACUCUGAUGACCAUGAUCAUGAUACAUUUAGUAACGAUGUUAUAAAUACCAGUAAUGAAGAAAAAUCUAAUUCAGAAAUGAUAAAUAACCAAAUCGAUAAUGGUCCAGAUAUUCUUUCAAACAAUGAUGAUAUAUUUGAAGGAUUUGGUAAUGAACUCAAUAAUGGCGACAGUGGUGGUGAUAAUGGAUCAGAGAUUCAAAUGUUUCACGGCGAUGAUGACUUUAGCGAUUUGAACCAUUAUUUUCUUGAAGAGUCAAAUGGUCCAAAUAGCAAUAAUACGAUGAUGGAAAUCGACGAUUAUGAUUAUCAUAAUUAUUCAAUUGAAAAUUUGUCAAAUGAAUUCGAUGUCGAUAACGAAGAAGAUUCUGCUACUACUGCAACAUUUAAUUUGGUUGGAAAUGGAGAAACAAUUGAUGAUGGUGAUGAAACUAUAUUAAAUAUACAACAAGAUAAUGUUGAUGAUAGUCAAGCCCAUUCGAAUAAUAUUGCUUCCGUGAAAUUAGAAGAGAUGAAAGUGAGAUCAAAACAUGAUAAUCAACAUGAUAAGCAUGAUCGUAAUAAACAUGAUGACGAUUAUGUUACUACUCAAAAGAUUCAAAAUCAACAAUUUAAGUCAAAUCAAGAAAUUCAUUAUAUUGAACGAUCUUUAGAAUCUUUUGAGAACGAACUAAAUUCUACAUAUGGUGAUUAA